GCGGGGGCUGCAGGCGCCGCGCUCCCGGAUCCCUGGCAGGGCAGCGCGCCCGCGCUAGGGGCUCCUCCGCGCGCCCGGGGCUGGCCGAGCCCGCAGCGGAGCGAGGCAGAAGCGGGCAGCUGGUUGGGAUUUUCACUCUAGGAGGUUGCAGAGGGCAGAUCGGAUCAGCCCCCCCCCCGGGGCAGGGCCCUGGCGGGGGCAGAGAUGUGACCGAGUGAGCCUCAAGAUGGAAGGGCAGCCUGCCAGCGGGAGCUGGGGCCCUCUCACAGUCCCUUGGAAGGGGGGGAAGACGAGGAGGAGAGACCCCCCAGGCUGGCCAGGCUCUCGGCUUUCCUCAGAUGAAAGGUCUCACCCAGCUAUUCAGGCGAGGCCCGGAGAGGAGAGUGAUGAAGGCGCAAACGGACUCGGUGUAGUUGGGAGGCUGAGCGCUAAAGAGGAUGAAUCGUGCUCGGUGCUCGAGUUAUGCUGAUGAAGGCUCCGCACUAAGGCUGGCAGAGAGACAUGAGUAACAACACGGGCCAGCGCACUGCAAUCUUCGUGGUUCUCUUUGCUUUGAUCAUGCUGCUGAUCAUCUACAGCUCGAACAGUGGGAACGAAGUUUUUCACUACACUGCCCUGCGAGGGAAAUCCCACCGUCCCCCCAACCUCAAGAAAUGGGGGGUGAAAAGUGGAUACCUCCCCGUCUACGGAAACAAGUCCCUGAAUUCCCAUUGCCACCAGUGUGUGAUCAUCACCAGCUCCAGCCACCUGCUGGGGAGCAAACUGGGCUCGGAGAUCGACCAAUCGGAGUGCGUCCUCCGCAUGAACGACGCCCCCACCACCGGCUAUGAGGCAGACGUGGGCAACAAGACCACGGUCCGGGUGGUGGCUCACUCCAGCGUCUACAGGGUGCUGAAGAAGCCGCAGGAGUUCGUCAACAAGACCCCGGAGACCAUCCUCAUCUUCUGGGGGCCGCCCAGCAAGAUGCAGAAGAGCUUGCUCAAGAUCCUCCAGCACGUCAGCAUGUCCUUCCCCAACAUGUCGGCCUACGUGGUCUCCCCCGGGCGCAUGAAGCAGUUCGACGACUUGUUCCGGGGAGAGACCGGGAAGGACAGGGAGAAGUCCCGGUCUUGGCUGAGCACAGGCUGGUUCACCAUGGUGAUCGCCGUGGAGUUGUGUGACAAGGUGCAUGUUUACGGGAUGGUCCCUCCUAACUACUGCAGCAGGAGACCUCAGCCUGGCAAGAUGGCAUAUCACUACUACGAGCCCAAGGGACCGGACGAGUGCACCACCUACAUACACAAUGAGCGCAGCCACAAGGGCAACCACCACCGCUUCAUCACGGAGAAACGGGUCUUUGCCAGCUGGGCCAGCCUCUACAACAUCACCUUCUCCCACCCGGCCUGGGACUAGGGGCUCCCUGAGGAGACAUGGAGCCAUUCGAGUGCCCGACCCAGCAGUUGGUGCCAGUAGUGGGAUAACUCCACCUGGAAGGGAAAACAUCUCUUGGAUUAACCCUGUGAGCCAUGCUGGGCUCUGAGGGAGGAGGCCCCGCACCACAGGCUGCCCCGGUUCACUGUCCAGGGCCAGAAGGACUGGGUGAGGGGAGGAAGGGAUUGGGAUGGUGCCAGUGACCUGACUUGCAGUCCCAAGGCCCAGGGAGGGCUGCUACGCACCGGGCACUGCUGGAUUCAUGGUGUCCCCUUCCCCCGCACAGGCCACACACAUAGUGCACUUCGCUGGCUCCCUGCUUUGAGGUCACCUCCUCACUGCCCCGCCGGCGAUCAGCUCAGAGGCCCGAGAGUGAGUGGGAACAAUCCCUGGCUGCCCAGAUGGAACAGCUGACCCCUUCUUAGUGCUCUGGGCGGCGGCUCUGGUCUCGCCUCUCUUGGCUUCUGGAGAAUGUAUUUCCGAGGUGGGAGGACUGUAACCCUCUCAGCUCUGCUAGGCUCAGUUCGAUACUGAGGCUGUAUUGACUGUACAGUGCAACCCUGCCCCAGGCAGCCUCUGCCUUGGAAAACUGCCGCCUGCGUCUCCAGGUUUCCAGUGAGGCCUAUAAGAGACCAGCCUCAGGGGCGUAGACUUCUCAGGUGGGUCUGAGGCAGGGCUCGGGAGGGGGCAUGAGACACAUUUAAACAGGCUGUCCAAGCACUGACCCCCAUACGUGACAAUGACAGAGCCCGCGCUCCCCUGAGAGCUCUCUGCCCUCCUGCCUGGGGCUGAGCCCUUGUGUGGCUGCUUAAGACAGGGAUGCCCUGUGGAGUGUGGGAGGGGUGUUGUGUUGGGGAGUGUCAUGGUCACUGGGAGGGGUGUUGGGGGGGGAGGGGCGGUGUCAUGGUCACUGGGAGGCAUUGAGGGUGAUGUGUGUGUGUUACAGUUGCGAGGCCCUGAGGGGUGUGUGUGUUAGGCACUGGGAGGUAUUGAGGGGUGUGUAUGUCACAGGUGCUGGGAGGUAUGGAGGUUGUCACAGUCGCUGCGAGGCACUGAGGUGUGUGUGUGACAAUCAUUAGGAGGUGUGCUAGGAGACAAGGGGGUAUCAGUCUCAAAAGGGCACCGACGCCUACAGGACUUUGUUUUUUCCCAGCUGUAGAGGGCACUGGGCAGGGGGUGGGGAGGUCCCUCUGCUCCGCCUCUUGUUUUGGCAUCACCAGCUGCCCUGGACAUGGCUUCUUCCUGGCAUCACCAGCUGCCCAGUCUGAGAGCCGCAUGCCAGGGCGUUUGCUGUCCUAGCUCCCCUUCCGCUGGCUGGCAGCUGGUCACUGCCCUCCUUUAACCCCACUUGUGAAAUCACGAUUUGGUGUCACAUGGCCACGCUGGCUACCCCCACUGGGCUGGGAGGCCUGGGGUUGGGGUUUAUUUAAGACUCCCCACUUCCCACACACGCACCCCAAGCUCUGUCCACAUGGGCUGCAAUGCCUCCUCCACGCCUAGACAGGACACAGCAGUGACCACCCCCAGCUGCAUGGCUGCACCUCCUGCUUUCGUGUCCUUGCUGCUGUCCUGCAGAGACCUUGCAGCUGCUGGUGCACUCGCUGCCUGGCCUGUCUCAGCGUGUGGCAAUGGCGCUCCCUGCUGGUGUCCAAGGGGCAGUGCCAUUUGCUAGGCUCACUCUGCAUGGCUUCUCCAUAUCAUUUUCAGGGCAGUGCCUCUUGAAUGUGCUUUCCUGCUGCUGCUUCUGGUACCAUUGGCACCCCCCCCCCCCCACACACACACCUCUUGAGUCUCUCCACUUGCCAGUGAAACGUCUGCACAGGGAGAGCAAGUGGCCAUGUGGUAAGAGAGAGGGCAGCAAUACUGUGGAAGUGGAAAUUAUACCCUCAGCAUCUCAAACCAGGGGCGGUGGAAUUGACUUACAAGGAGCUGUGCACUUUUCAGCUGCCUCCCAUGUUCUGUCUGUCUGAUCGCUGUUCUGCCUGGCUGCCUCUGAUCCCUGCCACUGCCAGGAUACUGAGAGCUCCUUAAAUCAAGGCCCUGAGACUCGAUAGCAAGCACUGAUCAUGACUGCAUGGCAGGGGUCUCCACUCCGUGCUUGCUGAACACGGCUUCUUCUGGGUACGUGCACAGCUGAGGGGACCGUGUGUGGGUGUCAGACAUGGCUCUGUUCUUAGUGUAGAUGCAGCCUUAGGCUUGAUCCCUGUUCGCUCAGGGUAGAGUAGGUGUGAAAUGCUCCUGUUAUGGUUUGGAGUUACUCUGUUCUGGGGGGAAUCAUAGGACUGAAAGGGACCUCGAGAGGUCAACUGGUCCAGUCCCCUGCACUCAAGGCAGGACUAAAUAUUAUUUAGACCAUCCCUGACAGGUGUUUGUCCAACCUGCUCUUAAAUGACAAGGUGUAGGCAAUGCAGAAUCAUGGAUUUAGAUUAAUAGAUUUGGGCCCCUUGUGUUUACUCCCACGCUCUCCCUCUGUCCUGCUCUCAUAUCCCCAGCCCACCUCUGCCGUUUCUCAUGGUCAUUUUCCCUCUCUGCCUUCCCCAGCAAGUCAGGGACUGCAUGAAAAAUGCACUUCAGUUUGGGGCCAUCAGCUGCUUUCUAGUCACGCACCAGGUUGGAUUUUGCCCUUCCCUAGUCCUCAACAAUAGCUGCUGAAAAUCUCCAAGUUACCAAAAAAAAUUAAAAACAUACUGCGGUCUUUUAUAGUAACAGCCCAAAACACGGUGGGCCAGAUCCUCACUCAAGCAAAACUCCCCUCUGCAACCAGUGGGACUUUUGUCUGGGGCAGGGCUGCAGGACUGGGCCCUGGAGUAACCUGACUGUGAACUGGUUACAGCGCAGGGCCCUGACUCUGAUCCCAUGUCCACCAGUGUGAAUCGGCAGCCAGCCUGCUCAGGCUGAACCAGAGUAAAUGAGGUCAGAAUACAGCAGCGUUUUCUUUCAAAGCCAGGGAGUGACUGGUAGACGUGCUGGAGGAAAGACCAUCAGCGGUGUGCUCCACCUCUGGGGGUUGAAUGGGGGCACACCUCCCUGCAGCAGAGAGAUUCUCCACGCAGCCCUGGAGUGGAAUUGUAGCGUGUCUGUGUGAGCUGGGAGCAGAUCACCCCCCCCCUUACUCUGACACCCACAGGUGGGAAUGAUUCUUGUGCAGUUGUCUUGAUCAUGGCUGAUAUCGGGGAGCACAUGCAGGAGUGGGAUGGCAAGGAGGUGGGAAGGGGACCUUGAAACUUACAAAUGUCCCUUGGUGGAGGAAAUGCCUUUUCCCCCCCACCCCGCAGAAGAUCAGCCAAAUCUAUAUCCACUGACAUGAACAAACUUUGCUCUUGGUUUCUACAGUCAAUGGAGAUGCUCUGGAUUUACACCCGUGUGACUGAGCAUCAUGUGACCCCUGAUAUUCAGGACACAGGAAGCAAACUAUGCCCAGCGAUGUGUCACCAGCUGGGACCUCGCUGGGCACCAUGGUGCCUAUUCUAAACAUCACUGCCACCCUAGACGAUGUAGCUUUGGAAAAGACUCCACAGGCAGUGGAGAAGUCCUGGCUACCCUUCCGCAUGAAGGCUAUGGAGCUGCUACUUCCCCACCAUAGCCAGGACCUUCGGGGGUGUUCAAAGCGACACUGUUGAGAUGUUUUCGGGGGAGGGGGGGAGGGAGUGAGGGAGUGGGUUUUUCCCCAUGGUCCUUUUAUUGGUUUCCUAAAAUAGUUAUGUUAGUAUAUUUUAAAAACCACUUCACAAGAAGCAGGGUGAGAUGUGGAGGCUUAGAGGCAAACCCAGCUGGGUGCCUGGUACCUGCAGCUCCACUGAUGUCAGCUUGCCAGUCUGACCCCCAUCUACAUCACUGGGAGUCAUGGGUGCUCAGCACCCAUGGGUGCCAGGCCAGGCCUUCAAAGGGAUCGAAUGCUGUUAGGUGCCUUGCUCCCCUCAUGUGUUUCGGACCCUUUGGAAAGCCCAGCCGUACAUGUUGUCCUGUACUGGCAAAUUCUGCAAAACCCGGUAGGGUUCUGUAGCAUGCAGUAAAGGAAAUAGGGUUGGUCCCCUUUUGGUUUGAUUUUCUCUCUGCUGCUCUUCUGUGCUUCUGUAAACAGCUGAUCUGCUUAAACCACUCCGCGAAUGGUCCUUUGAACAGAACUGUCAAGUCGCUCGGCCGAGUAGCUCCUCUCAAAAUCAGUCACUCGUGAAUAUAAAGUAGCAUUUAUAAAGGGUUAAUAAAUGAUGAAUAGAAGCCUGUUACGAACACGAGUAGCAUGAAUUAGAAGCACAUCAGUAGAAGGCAUAUGUAUGGUAAUGAACCCUGGUUAUAAGCAACCCAUUAGCCUCUCUAAUAACAAUGGAUUAGCCAUUUAUGAGAACAGCUGUUAAUCAUUUAUUAACCCUUUAUGAACUAUAAAUGGAACCUGAAUAGAACGUGUGAUGUAAAAACCUGGAUGGUAACAUAACAGCAUGUGGUUGUACCAUUUAAUGUGAGACGUUUGCUAUAAAAAUAACUAGCAAUGCAAAUAAAGGGGGUGCUGAGGUUUGCUUUUUCCCCCACCACUCUCCAUUUCUUGGGCUGUGGAAGAACUUGGCAAUGCAAUUUCUUCCCCUCCCAGUUCCAUCCUUUCACAGCUGGCAAGCGGGGACAUUUUCCAGUGUUUUGAAUGGAUCUCGACACUGCCUCUUGAUUUAACAGCAGCAUUAACCUCUGUGGCACCUUAUCUGACCACAACAUCCUUUUUUGUACAGGAGCUGCACGGAUGGUGUCACAGCAGCACCGGGGGAAGCAUUUGUUCAUUCGCUCCUGCUGCUGUGCAGGCAGCCAGAGGAACAUGAUGUUUUGCUUGUAGAUCCACAGAUAGUGACUACUGGCUUUUUUUUAAAUCAAUUUUUCAGCCGUGGAGUCAUGGAUUUAAAAAACCAAACACACGGGGCACUAAGAAUCCAGUGGCUUAUGUUCAAACGCAGCCCGACAGGACUCCUGGAUUCUGUUCUUGACGCUGCCGCUGAAUUGCAGUGCAGCCUCCCUGUGCCUCAGUUUCCCAUCGGUCAAAUGGGAGUCAUGAUAGUAAUCGAGCUGACAGGGCCAUUGUGAGGCUUAAUUGGCUGUGUGAGAUCCUCACAGACAUGGUGUGCAAAGGUUUAUUAUAGUCUGGUUAGAUUAUACCAAUGUAAAAGUGUUCGUUGUUGAGCCUAGACUACCUGCCAGAGCCCCUUUAAGGGGUUCAAAGUACUAAAAGGCCCAGGCUAAAGGAGAACGGUCGCUCUGGGCCAGGCCCUCUCUGACUGCAGGUCCCCUCACUCAGCACGAAGGCCCAGAUCCUCAUGAGCUGCCGUGAAGUGUCAGCAUAACACAUCUGGUAGCCUUGAGCUGUGUUACUAGUGACCCCCUGUACCUGGGAUUGUCUGUGAAAUCAGCAAAGGGUGAAUGUUUUGUAACGAUUUGUAAGGGAAUAAAUAUUGCUAUGCUCUUA